AGAACAGAGCUGGAUGAAUGGAACCUGGGGAAAUAACAGAACAGAGCUGGAUGAAUGGAACCUGGGGGAAUAACAGAACAGAGCUGGAUGAAUGGAACCUGGGGAAAUAACAGAACAGAGCUGGAUGAAUGGAACCUGGGGAAAUAACAGAACAGAGCUGGAUGAAUGGAACCUGGGGGAAUAACAGAACAGACCUGGAUGAAUGGAACCUGGGGAAUAACAGAACAGAGCUGGAUGAAUGGAACCUGGGGAAAUAACAGAACAGAGCUGGAUGAAUGGAACCUGGGGAAAUAACAGAACAGAGCUGGAUGAAUGGAACCUGGGGGAAUAACAGAACAGAGCUGGAUGAAUGGAACCUGGGGGAAUAACAGAACAGAGCUGGAUGAAUGGAACCUGGGGGAAUAACAGAGCUGGAUGUAUGGAACCUGGGGGAAUAACAGAACAGAGCUGGAUGAAUGGAACCUGGGGAAAUAACAGAGCUGGAUGUAUGGAACCUGGGGGAAUAACAAAGCUGGAUGUAUGGAACCUGGGGGAAUAACAGAACAGAGCUGGAUGAAUGGAACCUGGGGGAAUAACAGAACAGACCUGGAUGAAUGGAACCUGGGGGAAUAACAGAACAGAGCUGGAUGAAUGGAACCUGGGGGAAUAACAGAACAGAGCUGGAUGAAUGGAACCUGGGGGAAUAACAGAACAGACCUGGAUGAAUGGAACCCUGGGGGAAUAACAGAACAGAGCUAGAUGAAUGGAACCUGGGGGAAUAACAGAACAGACCUGGAUGAAUGGAACCCUGGGGGAAUAACAGAACAGAGCUGGAUGAAUGGAACCCUGGGGGAAUAACAGAACAGAGCUGGAUGAAUGGAACCUGGGGGAAUAACAGAGCUGGAUGUAUGGAACCUGGGGGAAUAACAGAACAGAGCUGGAUGAAUGGAACCUGGGGAAAUAACAGAGCUGGAUGUAUGGAACCUGGGGGAAUAACAGAACAGAGCUGGAUGAAUGGAACCUGGGGAAUAACAGAACAGAGCUGGAUGAAUGGAACCUGGGGAAAUAACAGAACAGAGCUGGAUGAAUGGAACCUGGGGGAAUAACAGAACAGAGCUGGAUGAAUGGAACCUGGGGGAAUAACAGAACAGACCUGGAUGAAUGGAACCUGGGGGAAUAACAGAAUAGAGCUGGAUGAAUGGAACCUGGGGGAAUAACAGAACAGAGCUGGAUGAAUGGAGCCUGGGGGAAUAACAGAACAGACCUGGAUGAAUGGAACCCUGGGGGAAUAACAGAACAGAGCUAGAUGAAUGGAACCUGGGGGAAUAACAGAACAGACCUGGAUGAAUGGAACCCUGGGGGAAUAACAGAACAGAGCUGGAUGAAUGGAACCCUGGGGGAAUAACAGAACAGAGCUGGAUGAAUGGAACCUGGGGGAAUAACAGAACAGAGCUGGAUGAAUGGAACCCUGGGGGAAUAACAGAACAGAGCUGGAUGAAUGGAACCUGGGGAAAUAGCAGAACAGAGCUGGAUGAAUGGAACCUGGGGAAUAACAGAACAGAACUGGAUGAAUGGAACCUGGGGGAAUAACAGAACAGAGCUGGAUGAAUGGAACCUGGGGGAAUAACAGAACAGAGCUGGAUGUAUGGAACCUGGGGGAAUAACAGAACAGAGCUGGAUGAAUGGAACCUGGGGGAAUAACAGAACAGAGCUGGAUGAAUGGAACCUGGGGAAAUAACAGAACAGAGCUGGAUGUACUGAACCUGGGGAAAUAACAGAACAGAGCUGGAUGAAUGGAACCUGGGGGAAUAACAGAACAGAGCUGGAUGAAUGGAACCUGGGGGAAUAACAGAACAGAGCUGGAUGUAUGGAACCUGGGGGAAUAACAGAACAGAGCUGGAUGAAUGGAACCUGGGGAAUAAUAGAACAGAGCUGGAUGAAUGGAACCUGGGGAAUAACAGAACAGAGCUGGAUGUAUGGAACCUGGGGGAAUAACAGAAAAGAGCUGGAUGAAUGGAACCUGGGGAAUAAUAGAACAGAGCUGGAUGAAUGGAACCUGGGGAAUAACAGAACAGAGCUGGAUGAAUGGAACCUGGGGAAUAACAGAACAGAGCUGGAUGAAUGGAACCUGGGGAAUAAUAGAACAGAGCUGGAUGAAUGGAACCUGGGGAAUAACAGAACAGAGCUGGAUGUAUGGAACCUGGGGGAAUAACAGAAAAGAACUGGAUGAAUGGAACCUGGGGAAUAAUAGAACAGAGCUGGAUGAAUGGAACCUGGGGAAUAACAGAACAGAGCUGGAUGUAUGGAACCUGGAGGAAUAACAGAACAGAGCUGGAUGAAUGGAACCUGGGGGAAUAACAGAACAGAGCUGGAUGUAUGGAACCUGGGGAAAUAACAGAACAGAACCGAGCUGGAUGUAUGGAACCGGUGGGAAUAACAGAGCUGGAUUAAUGGAACCUGGGGAAUAACAGAACAGAGAUGGAUGAAUGAAACCUGGGGGAGUAACAGAACAGAGCUGGAUGUAUAGAACUAGGGGGAAUAACAGAACAGAACCGAGCUGGAUGUAUGGAACCGGUGGGAAUAACAGAGCUGGAUGAAUGGAACCUGGGGGAAUAACAGAACAGAACCGAGCUGGAUGUAUGGAACCGGUGGGAAUAACAGAGCUGGAUGAAUGGAACCUGGGGAAUAACAGAACAGAGCUGGAUGAAUGAAACCUGGGGGAAUAACAGAACAGAGCUGGAUGUAUAGAACCUGGGGAAUAACAGAACAGAGCUGGAUGAAUGGAACCUGGGGGAAUAACAGAACAGAGCUGGAUGAAUGGAACCUGGGGAAUAACAGAACAGAGCUGGAUGAAUGGAACCUGGGGGAAUAACAGAACAGAACCGAGCUGGAUGUAUUGAACCUGGGGGAAUAACAGAGCUGGAUGAAUGGAACCUGGGGGAAUAACAGAACAGAGCUGGAUGUAUAGAACCUGGGGGAAUAACAGAACAGAGCUGGAUGAAUGGAACCUGGGGGAAUAACAGAACAGAACCGAACUGGAUGUAUGGAACCUGGGGGAAUAACAGAGCUGGAUGAAUGGAACCUGGGGGAAUAACAGAGCUGGAUGAAUGGAACCUGGGGGAAUAACAGAACAGAGCUGGAUGAAUGGAACCUGGGGAAUAACAGAACAGAGCUGGAUGAAUGGAACCUGGGGGAAUAACAGAGCUGGAUGAAUGGAACCUGGGGGAAUAACAGAGCUGGAUGAAUGGAACCUGGGGGAAUAACAGAACAGAGCUGGAUGAAUGGAACCUGGGGAAUAACAGAACAGAGCUGGAUGUAUGGAACCUGGGGGAAUAACAGAACAGACCUGGAUGAAUGGAACCUGGGGAAUAACAGAACUGGAUGAAUGGAAGCUGGGGGAAUAACAGAGCUGGAUGAAUGGAACCUGGGGGAAUAACAGAACAGAGCUGGAUGAAUGGAACCUGGGGAAUAACAGAACAGAGCUGGUUGUAUGGAACCUGGGGAAUAACAGAACAGAGCUGAAUGAAUGGAACCUGGGGGAAUAACAGAAAAGAGCUGGAUGUAUGGAACCUGGGGAAUAACAGAACAGAGCUGGUUGUAUGGAACCUGGGGAAUAACAGAACAGAGCUGGAUGAAUGGAACCUGGGGAAUAACAGAACAGAGCUGGUUGUAUGGAACCUGGGGAAUAACAGAACAGAGCUGGAUGAAUGGAACCUGGGGGAAUAACAGAACAGAGCUGGAUGUAUGGAACCUGGGGAAUAACAGAGCUGGAUGAAUGGAACCUGGGGGAAUAACAGAACAGAGCUGGAUGUAUGGAACCUGGGGAAUAACAGAACAGAACUGGAUGAAUGGAACCUGGGGAAUUACAGAACAGAGCUGGAUGUAUGGAACCUGGGGAAUAACAGAACAGAACUGGAUGAAUGGAACCUGGGGGAAUAACAGAACAGAGCUGGAUGAAUGGAACCUGGGGGAAUAACAGAACAGAGCUGGAUGAAUGGAACCUGGGGAAUAACAGAACAGAGCUGGAUAAAUGGAACCUGGGGGAAUAACAGAACAGAGCUGGAUGAAUGGAACCUGGGGGAAUAACAGAACAGAGCUGGAUGAAUGGAACCUGGGGUUAUAACAGAACAGAGCUGGAUGAAUGGAACCUGGGGAAUAACAGAACAGAGCUGGAUGAAUGGAACCUGGGGAAAUAACAGAACAGAGCUGGAUGAAUGGAACCUGGGGAAAUAACAGAACAGAGCUGGAUGAAUGGAACCUAUGGGAAUAACAGAACAGAGCUGGAUGAAUGGAACCUGGGGAAAUAACAGAACAGAGCUGGAUGAAUGGAACCUGGGGGAAUAACAGAACAGACCUGGAUGAAUGGAACCUGGGGGAAUAACAGAGCUGGAUGUAUGGAACCUGGGGGAAUAACAGAACAGAGCUGGAUGAAUGGAACCUGGGGGAAUAACAGAACAGAGCUGGAUGAAUGGAACCUGGGGGAAUAACAGAACAGACCUGGAUGAAUGGAACCUGGGGGAAUAACAGAAUAGAGCUGGAUGAAUGGAACCUGGGGGAAUAACAGAACAGAGCUGGAUGAAUGGAGCCUGGGGGAAUAACAGAACAGACCUGGAUGAAUGGAACCCUGGGGGAAUAACAGAACAGAGCUAGAUGAAUGGAACCUGGGGGAAUAACAGAACAGACCUGGAUGAAUGGAACCCUGGGGGAAUAACAGAACAGAGCUGGAUGAAUGGAACCCUGGGGGAAUAACAGAACAGAGCUGGAUGAAUGGAACCUGGGGGAAUAACAGAACAGAGCUGGAUGAAUGGAACCCUGGGGGAAUAACAGAACAGAGCUGGAUGAAUGGAACCUGGGGAAAUAGCAGAACAGAGCUGGAUGAAUGGAACCUGGGGAAUAACAGAACAGAACUGGAUGAAUGGAACCUGGGGGAAUAACAGAACAGAGCUGGAUGUAUGGAACCUGGGGGAAUAACAGAACAGAGCUGGAUGAAUGGAACCUGGGGGAAUAACAGAACAGAGCUGGAUGAAUGGAACCUGGGGAAAUAACAGAACAGAGCUGGAUGUACUGAACCUGGGGAAAUAACAGAACAGAGCUGGAUGAAUGGAACCUGGGGGAAUAACAGAACAGAGCUGGAUGAAUGGAACCUGGGGGAAUAACAGAACAGAGUUGGAUGUAUGGAACCUGGGGGAAUAACAGAACAGAGCUGGAUGAAUGGAACCUGGGGAAUAAUAGAACAGAGCUGGAUGAAUGGAACCUGGGGAAUAACAGAACAGAGCUGGAUGUAUGGAACCUGGGGGAAUAACAGAAAAGAGCUGGAUGAAUGGAACCUGGGGAAUAAUAGAACAGAGCUGGAUGAAUGGAACCUGGGGAAUAACAGAACAGAGCUGGAUGAAUGGAACCUGGGGAAUAACAGAACAGAGCUGGAUGAAUGGAACCUGGGGAAUAAUAGAACAGAGCUGGAUGAAUGGAACCUGGGGAAUAACAGAACAGAGCUGGAUGUAUGGAACCUGGGGGAAUAACAGAAAAGAGCUGGAUGAAUGGAACCUGGGGAAUAAUAGAACAGAGCUGGAUGAAUGGAACCUGGGGAAUAACAGAACAGAGCUGGAUGUAUGGAACCUGGGGGAAUAACAGAACAGAGCUGGAUGAAUGGAACCUGGGGGAAUUACAGAACAGAGCUGGAUGUAUGGAACCUGGGGAAAUAACAGAACAGAACCGAGCUGGAUGUAUGGAACCGGUGGGAAUAACAGAGCUGGAUUAAUGGAACCUGGGGAAUAACAGAACAGAGCUGGAUGAAUGAAACCUGGGGGAGUAACAGAACAGAGCUGGAUGUAUAGAACCUGGGGGAAUAACAGAACAGAACCGAGCUGGAUGUAUGGAACCGGUGGGAAUAACAGAGCUGGAUGAAUGGAACCUGGGGGAAUAACAGAACAGAACCGAGCUGGAUGUAUGGAACCGGUGGGAAUAACAGAGCUGGAUGAAUGGAACCUGGGGAAUAACAGAACAGAGCUGGAUGAAUGAAACCUGGGGGAAUAACAGAACAGAGCUGGAUGUAUAGAACCUGGGGAAUAACAGAACAGAGCUGGAUGAAUGGAACCUGGGGGAAUAACAGAACAGAGCUGGAUGAAUGGAACCUGGGGAAUAACAGAACAGAGCUGGAUGAAUGGAACCUGGGGGAAUAACAGAACAGAACCGAGCUGGAUGUAUUGAACCUGGGGGAAUAACAGAGCUGGAUGAAUGGAACCUGGGGGAAUAACAGAACAGAGCUGGAUGUAUAGAACCUGGGGGAAUAACAGAACAGAGCUGGAUGAAUGGAACCUGGGGGAAUAACAGAACAGAACCGAACUGGAUGUAUGGAACCUGGGGGAAUAACAGAGCUGGAUGAAUGGAACCUGGGGGAAUAACAGAGCUGGAUGAAUGGAACCUGGGGGAAUAACAGAACAGAGCUGGAUGAAUGGAACCUGGGGAAUAACAGAACAGAGCUGGAUGAAUGGAACCUGGGGGAAUAACAGAGCUGGAUGAAUGGAACCUGGGGGAAUAACAGAGCUGGAUGAAUGGAACCUGGGGGAAUAACAGAACAGAGCUGGAUGAAUGGAACCUGGGGAAUAACAGAACAGAGCUGGAUGUAUGGAACCUGGGGGAAUAACAGAACAGACCUGGAUGAAUGGAACCUGGGGAAUAACAGAACUGGAUGAAUGGAAGCUGGGGGAAUAACAGAGCUGGAUGAAUGGAACCUGGGGGAAUAACAGAACAGAGCUGGAUGAAUGGAACCUGGGGAAUAACAGAACAGAGCUGGUUGUAUGGAACCUGGGGAAUAACAGAACAGAGCUGAAUGAAUGGAACCUGGGGGAAUAACAGAAAAGAGCUGGAUGUAUGGAACCUGGGGAAUAACAGAACAGAGCUGGUUGUAUGGAACCUGGGGAAUAACAGAACAGAGCUGGAUGAAUGGAACCUGGGGAAUAACAGAACAGAGCUGGUUGUAUGGAACCUGGGGAAUAACAGAACAGAGCUGGAUGAAUGGAACCUGGGGGAAUAACAGAACAGAGCUGGAUGUAUGGAACCUGGGGAAUAACAGAGCUGGAUGAAUGGAACCUGGGGGAAUAACAGAACAGAGCUGGAUGUAUGGAACCUGGGGAAUAACAGAACAGAACUGGAUGAAUGGAACCUGGGGAAUUACAGAACAGAGCUGGAUGUAUGGAACCUGGGGAAUAACAGAACAGAACUGGAUGAAUGGAACCUGGGGGAAUAACAGAACAGAGCUGGAUGAAUGGAACCUGGGGGAAUAACAGAACAGAGCUGGAUGAAUGGAACCUGGGGAAUAACAGAACAGAGCUGGAUAAAUGGAACCUGGGGGAAUAACAGAACAGAGCUGGAUGAAUGGAACCUGGGGGAAUAACAGAACAGAGCUGGAUGAAUGGAACCUGGGGUUAUAACAGAACAGAGCUGGAUGAAUGGAACCUGGGGAAUAACAGAACAGAGCUGGAUGAAUGGAACCUGGGGAAAUAACAGAACAGAGCUGGAUGAAUGGAACCUGGGGAAAUAACAGAACAGAGCUGGAUGAAUGGAACCUAUGGGAAUAACAGAACAGAGCUGGAUGAAUGGAACCUGGGGAAAUAACAGAACAGAGCUGGAUGAAUGGAACCUGGGGGAAUAACAGAACAGACCUGGAUGAAUGGAACCUGGGGGAAUAACAGAGCUGGAUGUAUGGAACCUGGGGGAAUAACAGAACAGAGCUGGAUGAAUGGAACCUGGGGAAAUAACAGAGCUGGAUGUAUGGAACCUGGGGGAAUAACAGAGCUGGAUGUAUGGAACCUUGGGGAAUAACAGAACAGAGCUGGAUGAAUGGAACCUGGGGAAAUAACAGAGCUGGAUGUAUGGAACCUGGGGGAAUAACAGAACAGAGCUGGAUGAAUGGAACCUGGGGAAUAACAUAACAGAGCUGGAUGAAUGGAACCUGGGGAAAUAACAGAACAGAGCUGGAUGAAUGGAACCUGGGGGAAUAACAGAACAGAGCUGGAUGAAUGGAACCUGGGGGAAUAACAGAACAGACCUGGAUGAAUGGAACCUGGGGGAAUAACAGAACAGAGCUGGAUGAAUGGAACCUGGGGGAAUAACAGAACAGAGCUGGAUGAAUGGAACCUGGGGGAAUAACAGAACAGACCUGGAUGAAUGGAACCCUGGGGGAAUAACAGAACAGAGCUAGAUGAAUGGAACCUGGGGGAAUAACAGAACAGACCUGGAUGAAUGGAACCCUGGGGGAAUAACAGAACAGAGCUGGAUGAAUGGAACCCUGGGGGAAUAACAGAACAGAGCUGGAUGAAUGGAACCUGGGGGAAUAACAGAACAGAGCUGGAUGAAUGGAACCCUGGGGGAAUAACAGAACAGAGCUGGAUGAAUGGAACCUGGGGGAAUAACAGAACAGACCUGGAUGAAUGGAACCCUGGGGGAAUAACAGAACAGAGCUGGAUGAAUGGAACCUGGGGGAAUAACAGAAAAGAGCUGGAUGAAUGGAACCUGGGGGAAUAACAGAACAGAGCUGGAUGUAUGGAACCUGGGGGAAUAACAGAACAGAGCUGGAUGAAUGGAACCUGGGGAAUAACAGAGCUGGAUGAAUGGAACCUGGGGGAAUAACAGAACAGACCUGGAUGAAUGGAACCUGGGGAAUAACAGAACAGAGCUGGAUGAAUGGAACCUGGGGGAAUAACAGAACAGAGCUGGAUGUAUGGAACCUGGGGGAAUAACAGAACAGAGCUGGAUGUAUGGAACCUGGGGGAAUAACAGAACAGAGCUGGAUGAAUGGAACCUGGGGAAAUAACAGAACAGAGCUGGAUGAAUGGAACCUGGGGAAUAAUAGUCAUAUUAGAAUGACUUGUUUGCUUUAUUCAGUAGGUCCUCUAAUGGCUUCCCACUUUGACCAAGUUCUCGAGAAGUCAGGAGGAAAUGUCUGCAUCACAGCGGCUCAAAACGAGGUCCCUGUAGUGGCUAGAUGGGUGAUAGGAAUAUAUAUAAGGAGGAGGAGGACUCUGUCCUCCAUCCCUUUCUCCUUUCUGAACCUAGCACCGUCCCUCUCUCCUCCAUCCCUCUCUCUUCUGUUCCUAGCUCCAUCCCUCUCUUCCAUCCCUCUCUCCUCUCUGUCCCUAGCACCGUCCCUCUCUCUUUUUUUCCAGCACCAUCCCUCUCUCCUUUUUUCCAGCACCAUCCCUCUCUCCUCCAUCCCUCUCUCCUCAUCCCUCUCUCCUCUGCCAUCAGCACCGUCCCUCUCUCCUCCAUCCCUCUCUCCUCAUCCCUCUCUCCUCUGCCCCCAGCACCGUCCCUCUCUCCUCCAUCCCUCUCUCCUCUGCCCCCAGCGCCGUCCCUCUCUCCUCCAUCCCUCUCCUCUGCCCCCAGCGCCACCCCUCUCUUUUCCAUCCCUCCCUGCUCUGCCCCCAGCGCCAUCCCUCUCUCCUCCAUCCCUCCCUGCUCUGCCCUCAGCGCCGUCCCUCUCUUCUCUGCCCCCAGCGCCACCCCUCUCUUUUCCAUCCCUCUCCUCUGCCCCCAGCGCCGUCCCUCUCUCCUCCAUCCCUCUCUCCUCUGUUCCUAGCUCCAUCCCUCUCUCCUCUGCCCCCAGCGCCGUCCCUCUCUCCUCCAUCCCUCCCUGCUCUGCCCCAGCGCCGUCCCUCUCUCCUCCAUCCCUCCCUGCUCUGCCCCAGCGCCGUCCCUCUCUCCUCCAUCCCUCCCUGCUCUGCCCCAGCGCCGUCCCUCUCUCCUCCAUCCCUCCCUGCUCUGCCCCAGCGCCGUCCCUCUCUCUUCCAUCCCUCGCUGCUCUGCCCCAGCGCCAUCCCUCUCUCCUCCAUCCCUCCCUGCUCUGCCCCAGCGCCGUCCCUCUCUCCUCCAUCCCUCCCUGCUCUGCCCCAGCGCCGUCCCUCUCUCCUCCAUCCCUCCCUGCUCUGCCCCAGCGCCGUCCCUUUCUCCUCCAUCCCUCCCUGCUCUGCCCCAGCGCCAUCCCUCUCUCCUCCAUCCCUCCCUGCUCUGCCCCAGCGCCAUCCCUCUCUCCUCCAUCCCUCUCCUCUGCCCCCAGCGCCGUCCCUCUCUGCUCCAUCCCUCUCUCCUCUUCCUAGCACCAUCCCUCUCCUUUGC